CCGUUGGGAAGCCAUUGCGCGUGCAGUAAAAUCGUGUUCGUUCGUGCGUGUUUUCCACUGCUAAAUCGCUCUUUGCCGAGGCGAACUGUUGUGACGGUGAAAUGCUGGCAAUACAAUUUGCAUAGUUUCACGUGCGCUGCAAGCAAGCAACAACAAAAAAAAAAAAAAACGGCGAAAAAGAGAAGGUUUAAUAAGGAGAAAACGACAACACCAAACAAGAAAGUGAUAAAAUAAAGGAAAGACAGUUGUGGCGAAAGUUAAAAACGAAAGGGAAUACCUUAAAAGAAAACAAACUUUGCAAAUACGCAAAACGGGAUAUAGGAAAAAAAACAUAAACAUACAUAAUUGUGUGCGCGUGCGUAUCUCUGUGUGUGUGUUCAUAAAACGAACGUUUGUGUGUGUGUUAUCUGAACUGUGACGAAUUUUCGUAAAGCCUAUCGCGAAGAGUCGCCUCAAGGACAAUCGGAACAUACCGAAGGAACGUGAACGUGAAGCUGUUCUUGGCAAAACAUCUCUCCAAAUAGACCCCAAGUUAAAGGGAUUAUUAAAGAACAAAAAGCAUUUAAAACGUGUGUUUUUGAAAGUGUUGAAUCGAGUGAAAAAAAAAACAAAGUAAAAAAAUAAGACGUUUCAACUGUAAAAUCGUACAGUAUGGCGGUACAGGUGGAUAAUUUGUUACUGUCAGAUAUUGGCCGUUCCAUAUCGUUGGACACCGCGACACGCCUCAGAAACGCCGCCAUGAGCAAGCUUAUCCGCCAGGUGUCGAUCGAAACACCGGCACCGAAGCUGAAGGACUGCGUGCUGAACCUGGUCGUGCCGGUACCGGACACACCGGCCCAGGGUGCCCGCAUUCUGGUCGUGUACGCGGGUGCCUGCUACCGCAAGAACCAAUCCACAUCGAUCUCCUCCAUCAGCAGUCAGCUGUCGGACACCGGGGACAUCACGACGUCGCUUCAUCUGCUCGCAAAGCAGAUGCAGAGCGGUAGCUUCACCAGCAUCAGCGAGGAGGGUCCGGACAGUGCGCCGCCACAGCACCACCAAACCUCGGUGGCCAUUCAGCACAACCCGCAGGCACAUCAGGGCGUACGGGACGGGGCCCUGUUUCCCGGGUUUGAGGUGGCGGGCGUUAUCGAGUCACUCGGCACCGAACUGAAACCAGACUGUGGCUUUAAGGUGGGCCAACGUGUCAUUCUGUAUCCGUACGAGGGCGUACCACACGGGUACUCCGAGCUGAUGGUGGUACCGGACCUAAAGUAUCUGAUACCGAUACCGGACGAGCUGUCGCUGAGUGUUGCCGCCACACUGCCGACCGGUGCGCUGUUGGCGCAGAGUGCCAUCAUUGCCGCACACAAGAUCGUAGACGAGCUGCUCAAAACGCGACCGGGCGAGAAGGUGAAGAUGCUGAUUGUCGGUACCGGUGGAUUGGCACUGUGGGCGGUACGCAUUGCCGCACAGCACUUCUACACACCGGCGACGAAGGAUAAGAUACAGAUCACUGUGGCGAGCCUGCGGGAUGAAGGAUUCCUGGUGGCGAAGAAGUGUGAACGGGUAAACAUUGUCCAGUGGAAUGAAGAUCUGUAUGAGAAGCAGCUGAUCGAACGCACGCACGACGCCUGCGACGGUUUGGUGGACAUCGUGAUCGACUUUGGUACGACAUCGCGCAGCUUGCACCGGUCGAUGCAGUGCCUGACGAAGGGUGGCCAUAUCUUCAUCAGCGACGAGGUGGCGGAAAAGUUGCUGCCAAAGUUUAGCAAGCGUGCCGAGGAGCGGGGCCAAACGAUCGAAGCCGUACCGACCGGUACGAUCGAGCAGCUGCAUCAGCUGGUGAAGCUAGUUUCUUCCAACGAGAUUGAACCACCGCCACACUCAGUAUUUCCCUCGGAUCAGGCCGCCGAUGUGGUGCGCAAGCUGGCCAGCUCGGAGAUUCCCGGACGUGCCAUCCUGAAAUUCCAUGAUAUCGAGUAAGCCAUCCCCCAAAUCCUCACUGCUGGGGACACACAUCACCGAGCAUAUAAGAGUUUCCAACGAAAACAAAAAAAACCAAACCACACUCUUCAAAGAAGGAAUCUGGGCCCGAUCGGACUGUUUCUAUACCUUCCCACGCUCGUCCUUUCGUCAUAAUAUCCUUCUUACUCUCAUAUCUUCCGCCAUGGAUGUAUCUUUUAGUUAUGUAAGCCAACAAAAAAAAAACAAAAACCGAAUGCUGUUAGACGAAUCGACGAGAUAGAAACACUAGAAGCGAACCGCGCUCAGUCGAUCCGUGUGGAGAGGUAGUACAGGUUCUAGGAAACUUCGAUAGGAUUACUUCAGUCAAAUGUAACCAAGCGUGUGCUGGUAAAGACGCGAAAGCAACAGAAAGGUGUGCAGCAGAAUAUUGUUUUCGGAGUAGUAAGCGCAAGCGCAAUACAUGUUGAACAACACGUUAGGAAAUUGGAAUAACCUCUAACCUCUGUAUCAGCGUAGGGCAACCUCGUUCCCAUCCCCGCUCCCAAACUAAAACGGCAAAGACUAAAAACCAUUGAAUGUAACAAUAGAAUCGUGUAACCUGAGUGCUGUGACAUGAUGCAACGGCAAGGAUGAUUGUGCGUACGUGUGUGCGACUUGGUGGCGAUUGUGUCGCGUGUGUUGCAUGUGUGUCCCACCUCAUCUACCACAGCAAACAUCAACCGAUCUACAGCACAUCGCACAACGCACGCGCAUUCUAAGUCCACGUCGGUUUGAAUUUGUCCCCGUUAGCGUGCAAGAAUGUUAGGAGGUUAGGUUUAACAUAUUGUUUUAAGGCAACUGCAGCAAAUUAGUAGUGCAAUGUGGAUUGUUUCUUUAUCUACUCCUCGAGUAUAAGGAGGGGGUGUUAAAAAGGAAAAUUUAUUCCGUAAUAGGAAAUAAUUCGUUUCAGUUUUUGCCUUCGAUUUCUUUGUACAGAAAAGAAAAAUGCGUAAAAUUAGCAGACCCACUUUUGUUUUGUACUAAUUUAUAUGUGAUUUAUAAUGGUAUGGAAGAUGGAUUCUUCUAAUGUUGAUUUGCGAUUGCUUGAAAUAAGACCGACCCCCCGGACUAAGGAAGUAUGAGCGACAAACAAAACGAAAGGAAAACAAAACAAGUACAUUAGUUAAAGAACUUAAGGAGAUGCGGAAAACGGAAUGUUAAAGUAAAAUAUAAAACAACACAAGUAAAGGAAACCAGUACAUAAACCACACUUACGCUACAAUUAUGCAAAUACACACAGUUGUCGUUGCGAUGUAUGACGUGUGCGUGUCAGGUGUAAGACAUAGCACAUGUACAAGUAAAAUACACAAUACAGUUGUGAAAAGGACUAAGAAAAAGCAAAACGAGCAUGAUAGUUAUGCUGUAGUAGGCAGACAACAGCAAGGACACAGGAAAAGGGAAGAAUGGGGAAAAAGCGAGAUGCGUGGAUGUUUGACUUUCGCAAAACCCCGAACUGUGUCUAUGUUCGCGUACUCCCCCGACAAAAAAAUAACGCGUUUUCGUGCGGUUUUUCUCGCUUCACUUUUCUUGUUCCUUGGUUUAGAGUUUAGUUGAUAACUUAAUAGUUUGUAACAGUGCGUUAAAGCAUUAGCCGAACGGGAAAGGAAAUAGUAAAACAAGUAAGGGCAGGAAGCUUAAACAAAACCCCACAUUGUGAAUGCAUCAAUGCAAAAGUGUAUUAUUGGUAAUGAGUUAAAGGUCACACAGAAACAAAAAAAAAAUAAAGAACUGUAUAGAAGUUACAAGACAAACGUAAAAUUCAAUCGAUUCUUUACUGUGUAUGUU